GUCCGCUCCAUCGCUGGGCGCCGGGAGAGCGGCUUCCUGCACCCCGCAGCCCGGGCUCGGGCGAAGCCGGGCGUGGUCCCUGCCUGGCGUCGGUUCGCAGGCGCGUGCGGAGGAGACGCCGCUCCCGGGUAAUUCGCAGAACUCGGGCCAGUCUCUAUUUCAGGACUGGGAACUGAUGCUAAGCUCCUCUGGCCAGCCGAGAAGGGAAUCACCAUGCCAGGUAAAGGGAAAAGAGGAAAAGGCCGGGGCAAGUCUCGCGGGAAGAAGCCAAAGAAGCCGGAAGUGGACAUUCUCAGCCCGGCCGCCAUGCUGAACCUCCACUGCAUCGCGCACAACGUCGCCGACUGCCUGCAGCUGCGUGGCUUCCGUUGGCCAGGCGCUCCCAAGGGAAAGAAAGGGAAAAAGAAGACCAGUCUGAUUUCUUGUCUGAUCUGAAUUAACCUCAAGACUCCAGCAGACACUACGAUUGAUAAGUCUUUGCCAGGGCAUAUCAACGAACAAUUAAAAGUAGCUGACAGCUUGUGUGCAUGAGGGUUGGGGUAUAUGAGAACUCUGUACUUUCUGCGUUAUUUUCCUGUAA